AUGUCGGACACUACGGAGGAGCAAACUUGUAGGAUAUGCAGGAGCGGGGCAGAGGAGGAUGCUCCGCUCUUUCAUCCUUGCAAGUGCAGCGGCAGCAUACAAUAUGUUCACUCGGACUGUCUGGUGGAGUGGCUGCAUCACUCUAAAAAGAAGGUGAGCGGGUGCGUGGAUUGCUGGGCGAUCGCCGCUGACCCGAAGAUGAUCCCUGCCUUUCUGCACAGCACUGCGAGCUGUGCGGCCAUGCAUUCGCUUUUCACAAGCGAUACUCGCCAAGCAUGCCGAGCAAGCUGCCCACCCGACUGUACGUCAAGCAAGCUCUGCGAAGCAUCCUCACAUUUGUACGCACAACCUCUCGAGCUCUGCUAGUCGCUCUGGCAUGGCUGGCCUUUCUACCGCUCGCAAACAUCUACACCUGGAGGGCAUACUUUUGGCUGGGAGAUGCCAUCGCUUGGUGCUUUGUCGGUGGGGAAGCUGCUCCUUGGAGGGUGCUGCUAGAGGCGCCUCCUGCCAGGCAGGCAGUCGUUCGUAGGAACAUCACCAAUGCGACCACAAUCAGCCCAGCAGCCCUAAAGGAGCUCGCUGAUCAAAUCACAGCCAACAUGACGGAGCUCCGCCUAGAGCUCGCAAACGUCACGCGCGCUUACGGCACCGCUGUUGUAGCCCCUCGCUUCACGAUUGCAGCGCUUGCUACGAGUUUCUAUCAGGGGGUUUGCGCGCACAUCAAAGCCAGCAAACCUCACUUUGCCGCGAUGAUGAGGUGAGUGGGAUGGGGGGGCAGGCCGGACUCUGGAUGCAAACGCUGACAAUCAGUGCGAGGCCGCUUCAGGGUUCUAGCGCGCGAUACCUUUGAGGGCCAAUUGCUGACUUGCGUGGUUGUGGUCAUCUUGUGAGUCUGUGGUGCUCGUCUGUGGUGCUCGUGUGCUCGUCUGUGGUGCUCGUGUGCUCGUCUGUGGUGCACGUGUGCUCGUCUGUGGUGUUCCCAAUCACAGAUCCAUCCUCCGCUGAUCGAACCUCCCAUCCACUCUUUUUCAGCGUCGCCGUCUUUCUCUUCAGAGAGUGGGUGAUGCAGCACACACCUGCGCAGCCCAUCGAAGAGUUGGCCGAUGUAGCAGCGCCUGCGCAAGCACCUAUUGCAGGUGCACCGGACGAGCACAGAGCUCGCCAAGAACUGCUUAGGCAACUCCGUCUAGCCGAAGGAAUGGUGGAACGCCUUCCUCCACGAGCCAUCGACGGGGCUGCGCAAAAUGAAGCAGCGGGGCAAAGGGAGGUAGGGGCCGAUGGCAUGCCGACUGCCGAAGCUUUGGAACGCCGAAGAGCCCAAGCUGUUGCGAUGGCGCUUGCGGCCAGAGCUCCUGGCAAUGACGCGCAUCAGAGAGCAGGCGGAGAAGAGGCUGCACGGCAACCCGAGUUCCUUAUCGAGGAUGGUCGACAUUCAGCAUCUAGCAGCAGCCCGGGUGGUGAAUCUAGCCCAGAAGACACGGUGGACCCUGCAGACGAUUUGCUGCGAGCGCGCGCUCUGCGCUUGAGGCGCUUCAUGCCGACCAGCGAAAGACCUCAAGCGCAAUCUUCGACUUCCGCCGAGCCUGCAGAGGACCGUUCUGUUACCAGCGCUCUCAGCUUCGAGGCCGGCGUGGCUAGCUUGGACGAGACGCAAAGUGCCCGAGCAGCACAGACGCGCGCGCGACCCGACACUCGAAGCGAUGAGUGGCAAGCUAGCAAUCCGGCAAGGGGCGCGCUGGAUGCGGACGCCAUGAGCAGGAGCUCUGGCAGCGAAGACCUACCGAGCAAAGGCAAGGGCAGAGCGAGCCUUGAUGACGUCUCCGCGAAUCUCAUCAGCGACCACAACGAUGGCUCGCAACCUUCAUUUCCCCUCGAUGCGGGCGACAAUGACAACUCUGCCGGCUCUUCAAAAGCUGCCGAUGUGGGCGAUUCUCUCGCUUGCAGUGCCGCAUCUACUCACCAUGCCAGCAUCUCGGAAGACUCUGCCCGCGUUAACGACGCGCCAGAAGAUGCGGCGCCCGAGGAGCAGGUCCCUGAUCUUGGAGCUGUAGCCAACGCCAACGCCAACGCUGGGGCUGAUGCAGGACUGGGACUUGGUGCAGAUCUAAAUGUCGACGUUUGGGAGGACGUGGAAGACAACGACGUGGAUGGCAUCGGACUCGACGAGGACUUGGAAGGCAUCAUGGAAGGUGAGUUGGCGCGACCCGUGGCGUCUAGGCCUGGCUUUCACUCACCUCACCUGCGCUUGCUUCUAGCGAUCGGCAUGCGUGGCCCAUUGGCGACGCUCGCAGGCAAUGUUGCGAUGAUGCUGGUCCUGUGCAGGUGAGGUCCUGCAGCGAGACUCGCGUGCGGAGUGGAUACCUGAUCUUGUCCACACUCCGCUCAGCUUUGUGCUCAUGAUCUUUGUCGGAGUUCCAUUCGUGAGUGUGCUGCGGUGCACGCCGUGCCGCGGUGCCUUCCUGGUGUUGACGCCGCACUUUUCGUCACGCAGGUGGUUGGUCGCACCACUGCGCUAGGUGUCAACCUGGUGCACAUGAUAGCAUACCCCAUCCAUCUAGUCAGAAAGAUCACAGACCCGCUCUUUGACUUUAUCAUUGCACGGGCUACAAGACAUCUUGCCAGCGUCGCGCAAGAGAAGCCAGCGGCGACGACCUCUAAGAUCGGCGACUGGAUGGCAAGUCGGGCAAGUGAUCUGACCCGCAGAGCACCAGCAGCUAUUCUGCCACCCCUGCACUUCAGCAUGCCCGCCAAGGUAAAAGAGAGCACGGAGAAAGUUGGGCAACUCGUCGUCGACGUUUUGCCCUUCCGAGCAGAUCUGCCCUUCACCAUCACCGCCGCCGUAAUUCGCAUCUACACCAGACUCCAAGCCAAGACGCAAGGCGACAGUCUCUCAGACCGACUGUUCUGCGUCCUCGUAGGCUGGCUUCAUUGGCUCGGUCUCAUCACACUGCAAUCAUACAUCGACUCUGCAGCCUUUUCGCGCUUCAACGCCAAGUGGCUCAAGAGGCAUCUGGACCAACAAUUGCUCCUUUUGAAAGUCAUUCUCUUUACCGUCAUCGAAGUGGUAUGCUUCCCUCUAGGAUGUGGCGUGCUCUUGGACCUUUGCACCAUGCCCUUAUGGGAAGGCGUCACGAUGGCCACUCGCUGGAGGCAUUUUCAAAGCGCUCCUUUCUCCAUCGGCUUCACCACUUGGGUCGCAGGCACGCUGUGGAUGUGAGUGUCUGCCAGGCCUCGCGUCCCGACGUGCUGCUGAUUUUGUUCUGCAACAGGUACGUAUUCGCCCAAUUCAUCAGCACCACUCGAUCCAUGCUGCGUCCUGGCGUCAUGUGCUGGAUUCGCAACGGCGACGAUCCAGCUUUUCAACCCAUUGUACGUGUGUUGUGCAAGGCGCAUCUCUGGACGUAGAAUACUGACACCCUCGCAAUGCCAGCGCGAAAUCAUCGAGCGCCGCAGUUUCCUCCAGCUCAAAAAGAUUGGCAUUUCGGCAUGUCUCUACGCGACGGUGCUUUCGUCCACGGUCGGGUGCGCCGUCUACUUUACACGCUACUGUCUUUGCGGCUUCUUGCCGUUGAUGUGGCGCCCGCAUGAGGCCAUUUCGCCGCUGCCCUUUGACCUUCUCGCACUCCUCUUUCUCCUCAAGCCGGUAGUGAAGGCGUGCAAGCCGGAAGCGAUUUUCAAGACGUAUGCCAAAAGGUGGUGGACGGCAACCUCCACCUACUAUGGUCUCGGGCAGUACCUCGUUGGGGCGCAAGAAGACGCACAAUCGACCGCGGAUUGGGUUUGGGCUCGAGUGCCGGACAGCGACACCAUGGUUCCUGGUCCGCUGUUGAUUUGGACUGACGCCGAGGGCGAACCGCUGACGGAAGCAGGCCGCGCAGCCAGAGACGCGCAAGCUCGUGCCGCCGAACCGAUGACCGUCAAGCCGAAGUACCUCAAACUCAAGCUUCCUACGCGCUUCCGCUAUCGCCUCAUCUCGGUCCUGUCAACGCUGUGGAUAACGAUCUGUGUCUGCAUCGUCAUCAGCCUCACCCUACCGCUCUACGCCGGCCGAGCGAUCGUCUCUGGGACAGGACUUGCUCCUCUGCACGACUUUUACAAUUAUUCGCUCGGACUAGCGCUUUGCACCAUGGCAACGGUCGUUGGUUCGAAGAUUGCCCGAUGCGCGCGUCGGCGCCGGGCCGGCACAUUCCGUUGGCGGCCGUUCCUCUCACGAGCAAGCACGAUCGCCCAGCGUGCAGCAAGUCGUCUCUGGAUCAUCAUAGCUGUGAGUGGCCUUUCAGAGCGCGUGCCUGCGAGCAAUGCUGACGAGGCCUUCGACUGCAAGUUCGGAGUAAUCACGCCGACCCUGCUUGGUCUGGUCAUUGACAUCUACAUUGGCUCGACGUUGCGCGUGCGCAAGCUAUCGGAGCACUCGCUAGCGUUUGCAUGGGCUACUGGGCUAUUACAGCAAAGGAUUGCCGUUUUCGGACUACGUUGCCUGCUCCUGCUGCACCAGCGGCAAGGCGAAGCGACUCCAGGCUUUCGAUCCCUUGUCCGUGACUUUUUGACCUCGGUGGAUACGGUGAGCCGCACACUUCCAGCGCCUACCGCUUGCUCGUGGCUGACGGCACCUCUUCUCGCCACCUCUAGCUCCAAGCCUCUGGCUUUCGGAGACCACGACCUAGACAUGCUACGAUCCACGUUUUUCUGCCCGUGAUCGCUUCGCUCACGAGCUUCAUCGUGGUGCCCAUCCUCGUCGUUGUUACCCUGACAGACGUUUUGGGAGUCGUCGGCAGCGAAGCGCAGAUGCUUCGCGUUGCAAACAUCGGUCUCAUGGCUGGUCUCUCGUGAGCAACGCAUGCCUUUUGCAAACGCCCCGGAUCGCGAUGGCUGAUGCGUAAAAAUGCCACACAGACUUUCCUUUUCUGCUCGCUACACCGACGGCAUCAUCGAUAGCUGGACAACGGUGAGCGUUGCUGAUUUCCAAGCGACAGGUGGCACGCGCGCUCACUUUGCUCCCCCCUUAGGUCCUUCGAGACGAAAACUUUCUCUUGUCAACGCAGCUGCAAGACUACAAACCAGAGUCUGUGUCCACCGCUGGUGUACAAGCAUAG